AUGGUCAACCAAUAUGCUGACGUGUGGAUGCAGCAGCUAAGCUGGUGCUACGGGUGCAAGACUGUGUGCCUCGGAUUGUCCUCUCUCUUUGCUCAUUAUAUUUACACACCCAUGCCAGAAAACACUGAAGAACCCUGGAAAGUAGGGAUCGUGGAUGCUACCAUGAAAAUGAUUUCACUUACGCCUACAUGGUUUGAAAGCAUAGGUCUUAUGACAUACGAAGAAUUAUUUUUCACAGUCACAAAGCUGGAUGUUACAAAACCAAUUUCAGAUGAAAACAUCACGGUUGUUGACACGACCUUUAGUGACGCUCUGUACUUGCCAGAAAGGAAGUCGGAUCAGAGACCAGCUGUGAUUUUUCUUCAUGGUGGUGCCUUUGUCUUGGGAAGCCCUGAGGACGAAGAACUUUUCCACCUCUUCUACCAAUUUCAGAAUGCAAAACAGAGACAGCUGCCUGAGCUAAUAGACUGGGUCCCAGUCUCCCUGGAAGAUGCCAUUUCUGUGGUGAAGUUCUUCCUUCAAGACGAAAUUCUUGCAAAACAUGGAGUGGAUCCCACCCGAAUCUGAGUUUCAGGAGGCAGUUCCGGGGGCGUGUUGGCCACAAAAGUGACACAGCUGCCACAGAAUGAUCCAGAAUUCAAAGAUAAAAUUAAGGCCCAAGCCUUAAUCUACCCGGGUUUACAGUUGCUGGAUACCUUCACGCCCUCUCACCAGGAAAAACAAACAUGGGCCCAUCUGUCCCCAGACAUGGCACAACUGGGCUGCCUGUAUUUGACAGAAGAUAAGGCCCUGCCCCAGGGGAUGAGGAAAAACCAGCACGUGCCUUGGGGGUCCAGGCACCUGUUCAGGUUGCUAACUGGAGCGUCCUUGCUGGAGAAGUAUAAAAGGAACCACAUUUACCCUGAGCCAGUUCUUGGAAAGCUGAACUCUUCAUAUCCAGUGCUGGUGGACAGCAGAGUGUCCCCUCUGAUAGCCAGCGUACAGCUGCGGAACCUGCCCUUGACCUACAUCCUCACGUGUGAGCACGACAUCCUGUCAGAUGACGGGAUCAUUUAUGUCAACCAGCUUGGCAAGACUGGCAUUCAGGACCACGACCACAUGGAGGACGGGUUCCACGGGACCCUGUCAUUCAUGAUGUCACUGUUUAAUUCACUUUUAGGCCAUUGGAUCCAGGACAAGUAUGUUGGUUAG